CGCACGGCCGCGCGCCCUGAGCCGCGGAGUCUCCAGCGCCUCUCAGCAGAUCCCACUCUCUCCGGCGCCGCUACUCACACAGGCUUCCAGCCGCCACUGGGCGUCCUCUGUCUGCGGUAGCGCGGCCGAGGCGGCGGUGGGAAAGGUAGCUGCAGCCCGGCGCGGUCUCAGAGCUCCGUGCCCUGGACCGAGUCCGGGGAGAAGCGGAGAAGGAGGACGCCGAGGCGAGGAGGAGCCGCGCCGCGCCCGAGUCCGCGCGGCUGGCUGCCUUCGCUACCGGUACCGCAGCCCCAGGUCCUUUGCAGCCAGCAUGAUGCCAUCUUUAUAACCCGUGGAGGAGAGAGCGCUCACCAUGUUCAGCUGUGCAACCAGCCCCAGAGAGGCAGUGUGUCUCUGAGUCACCUGAGCGCCGUGCUGCUGCCUGCCUGCUGUCCACCCACCUCUCUUCACCUCUGACGAUCUUCCUAGUGUCUGCAGGCUCUCCUGGGACGACUAUCUCAAAGGGAAGUGCCUCUCAGAAGCAUCUGGCAUGUCAGAGCUACAGUGUCUUCCAUGGGACUUCCUUUGUGAACAGCUUCCAUUUAAAAGAGUUGUGUGAAUACCUUGUUUCAGUCAAGUUCCCAAAGAACACAUUUGUCUUCUGAUCUGCUGGAGGGCUUAAGGAAGCUACUAGAGAAUGAGCUCCACAAAAAUGAGGAUGUAAACCAAGAAAGAGGAAACCAUGGGAUCCAGGAAGCGGGGGACCCAACACAGGCGAGAGGCACAGGGAUUUCGCAAGAUGGUGUUAAAAAGAAGCCCCAGGACAACAGAAUCCGAUGAUCUCCGUGGGGACCCUGCACUCAGCCAUCAAAGCACUCCCGCCCCUCAGGAUGCUCGUAAUUCAAUAGUAGAUGCAGGCGGCGUUGAAAGCAUCACACAGUGUCCCCAGCAGCUUCCUCAGAUGAUGGCUGCAGCAGCCGAUGGUUUGGGGAGUCUCGCAAUCGACACGACCCAGCUGAACAUGUCAGUGACGGACCCCACCGCCUGGGCCACCGCUAUGAAUAACUUGGGCAUGGUUCCCGUGGGGUUGCCUGGACAGCAGCUCGUGUCAGACUCAAUCUGUGUACCAGGCUUUGAUCCAGGCCUCAACAUGAUGACUGGGAUCACCCCUAUUAACCCAAUGAUACCAGGCCUGGGGCUGGUCCCACCCCCGCCAACAGAAGUGGCUGUCGUCAAAGAAAUAAUCCACUGCAAAAGCUGUACUCUUUUCCCCCAAAACCCAAAUCUUCCACCUCCCUCCACAAGAGAACGACCUCCUGGGUGUAAGACCGUGUUUGUCGGGGGAUUACCAGAAAACGCCACUGAGGAAAUCAUCCAAGAAGUCUUCGAGCAGUGCGGCGACAUCACAGCGAUUCGGAAAAGCAAGAAGAAUUUUUGUCACAUUCGCUUUGCCGAGGAGUUCAUGGUUGAUAAAGCCAUUUACCUUUCCGGUUACCGGAUGCGCUUAGGGUCUAGCACGGACAAAAAGGACUCAGGCCGGCUGCACGUGGACUUCGCCCAGGCCCGGGACGACUUCUACGAGUGGGAGUGCAAGCAGAGGAUGCGCGCCCGCGAGGAGCGGCACCGGCGCAAGCUGGAGGAGGACCGGCUGCGGCCGCCCUCGCCGCCGCCCAUCAUGCACUACUCAGAGCACGAGGCCGCGCUCUUGGCCGAGAAGCUGAAAGACGAUAGCAAGUUUUCAGAGGCCAUCACAGUGCUGCUGUCCUGGAUUGAGCGAGGGGAAGUAAACCGGCGGUCCGCAAACCAGUUCUAUUCCAUGGUGCAGUCGGCCAACAGCCAUGUCCGCCGGCUGAUGAACGAGAAAGCCACCCAUGAGCAGGAGAUGGAGGAGGCCAAGGAGAAUUUCAAAAAUGCCUUAACCGGGAUCCUCACUCAAUUUGAGCAGAUUGUGGCCGUUUUCAACGCUUCUACCAGACAAAAAGCUUGGGACCAUUUCUCGAAAGCUCAGCGCAAGAACAUAGACAUUUGGCGAAAGCAUUCUGAGGAGCUCCGGAACGCUCAGAGUGAGCAGCUUAUGGGCAUCCGCCGCGAAGAAGAGAUGGAGAUGUCGGAUGAUGAGAACUGUGACAGCCCUACUAAAAAAAUGAGAGUUGAUGAAUCAGCCCUGGCCGCCCAGGCCUACGCGCUUAAAGAAGAGAACGACAGCCUCCGGUGGCAGCUGGACGCCUACAGGAACGAAGUGGAGCUGCUGAAGCAGGAGAAAGAGCAGCUGUUUCGAACGGAAGAAAACCUGACCAAGGACCAGCAGGUGCAGUUCCUGCAGCAGACCAUGCAAGGCAUGCAACAGCAAUUGCUGACCAUCCAGGAGGAGUUAAACAACAAAAAGUCAGAAUUGGAACAAGCAAAGGAAGAGCAGUCACACACACAGGCAUUACUCAAAGUCCUCCAGGAACAAUUGAAGGGUACCAAGGAGUUGGUCGAGACCAAUGGCCACAGCCAUGAGGACACAAAUGAAAUUAAUGUGUUGACAGUCGCAUUGGUCAACCAAGACCGAGAGAACAAUAUUGAGAAAAGAAGCCAAGGCUUAAAAUCAGAGAAAGAAGCUCUGCUGAUCGGCAUCAUAUCAACGUUUCUUCACGUCCACCCUUUUGGAGCCAAUAUAGAAUAUCUCUGGUCAUACAUGCAGCAGCUGGACUCCAAGAUAUCUGCAAACGAAAUCGAAAUGCUUUUGAUGAGGUUGCCACGCAUGUUUAAACAGGAAUUCACAGGCGUGGGAGCAACGCUGGAAAAAAGGUGGAAGUUGUGUGCCUUUGAAGGAAUUAAAACUACCUAACUGUGAAGAGCAGCAGAGUCUCUGGAUAUGAAACUGCCUGAACCCAGCCAGGGCUGUGCAGUGUGAGCCCAGGAGGUUUGGGGCUGGUCCAGCGCAGGACCUUUAUGGGGCCAUCAGAGCCGGACUUCAGUUACAUCUGUGGCGUUCUCUCGUGAGUGGAAAUGUAAUUGUGUACCAGUUCCCUAAAACAAACAAAGCUUCAUACUGUGACAGAUCUGUUUGCUAUGAAAACCAACGAUUCCACGGUCAUGAUGGCAAAACCUUAAAAUAUGCUACGUUUGAGAAUAGCUCACCAAGUAAAAUAUUUAAAGUUAAUGAUGGUGUGGCAAUGGUUGUUGCUAGGCUACAGAGUUGUAUAUGUAAUCUAUAGCUGAAAUCAUUCAAUGACAUUUUCCUGAAAGUCUUUCUGUUUUAGUAAAAAAAAAAAAAAGAGAAAAAAAGUAAUUUUACAGUGAGGAAAAUAAAUCAUACCAAAAGAAAACUUGAAUAUGUGUCUGAACAGUUACUGUAUUUUGUAAAUUAAGUUAUAUGCUGUUAUAGGGACUUCUGCCUUAUUGAAGAGGCAGAAGAUGUGAUUGUACUCCUUGAGAAUGCUCUACCAAGAAUAUUAUUUUUCUAAUGUAACAGUUCUCCAUCAUAAGUUCUUUUAACAUGGACGGCAUAACAAUUUUCAUAAAAUGUAAAUAAAAGAAAAACUAGUGCUACUGUCUUGUACUUGGUAUAAAAUUCAGGUUUCUGCAUCAAAAUAAACAUUUAGUAAAUA